AUCCCAGGCUGCGCUUCCCUGGUCAGGCACGGCACGGCGGGCCGGCCGCCAGGAUGCAGGCCCCGCACAGGGAGCACCUGUACAAGUUGCUGGUGAUUGGCGACCUGGGCGUGGGGAAGACCAGCAUCAUCAAGCGCUACGUGCACCAGAACUUCUCCUCGCACUACCGAGCCACAAUCGGCGUGGACUUCGCGCUGAAGGUGCUCCACUGGGACCCGGAGACUGUGGUGCGCCUGCAGCUCUGGGAUAUCGCAGGUCAAGAAAGAUUUGGAAACAUGACGAGGGUCUAUUACCGAGAAGCUAUGGGUGCAUUUAUUGUCUUCGAUGUCACCAGGCCAGCCACAUUUGAAGCAGUGGCAAAGUGGAAAAAUGAUUUGGACUCCAAGUUAAGUCUCCCUAAUGGCAAACCGGUUUCAGUGGUUUUGUUGGCCAACAAAUGUGACCAGGGGAAGGAUGUGCUCAUGAACAAUGGCCUCAAGAUGGACCAGUUCUGCAAGGAGCACGGUUUCGUAGGAUGGUUUGAAACAUCAGCAAAGGAAAAUAUAAAUAUUGAUGAAGCCUCCAGAUGCCUGGUGAAACACAUACUUGCAAAUGAGUGUGACCUAAUGGAGUCUAUUGAGCCGGACGUCGUGAAGCCCCAUCUCACAUCAACCAAGGUUGCCAGCUGCUCUGGCUGUGCCAAAUCCUAGUAGGCACCUUUGCUGGUGUCUGAUAGGAAUGACCUCAUCAUUCCGCGAAUUGUGCCUCUAUUUUUACCAUUUUGGGUAAACGUCAGGAUAGAGAUAUCACAUGUGGCAAACCAAAGAUCUAUGCCUCUAUUUUUUCAAUGAGAGAGAAAUAGCAAAUGUUCUUUCUGUGCUUUCCUCACCAUCAUCACAGUGUUUACAAACUUUUGAAAAUUUUAGUCUGUUACAAACUUCUGUCGUGUAGCUGACCAAAAUCCUGCAGGGCCACAGUCAGCCCUGUUAUUUGCUUCUUUUAAUCAGCAAAGGCCUCAAGUCUUAAAAUAAAAGGGGAGAAGAACAAACUAGCUGUCAAGUUAAGGAUUGGCUUUCACCUUGCCCUGGUGUCUUUGUCCAGAUUUCAAUAUAUUCUCUGAUGGCCUGACAGGCCUAUUAAGUAGAUGUGAUAUUUUCUCCCAAGAUGACCUCCAUUCUCGGCAGAUCUAAGAGUUGCCUCUGAGUUAGCUCUUUGGAAUCAUGAACACAGGUGUGCUAUAUUUUCCUUGUCCUAAUUGCCACUUGCCGUGGCCUGAAUGUUGGCUUAACUGAAUAUUGUAUGAAAAGACAUGCCUCCGUAUGUGCCUUUCUGUUAGCUUUCUCUGACUCAAGCUGUGGGGCUCCUCUAUACAUGUAAUAUAUACUAUAUAUAUUUUCCCAAGUGAACAAUAAAACAUUAAAAGAUACUGUUUCCCUAUUUA